CGUGCGGGGCUUCCGGCGGCGCUGGCGCGGCGGCGGUGGCGGCGGUGCGCGGCCCGGGGUGCUCCGCCCUCCGGACGGGAAUUAAAAUGCUUUCUAUGGGGACUUCUGUGUCUGAUGUCAGCACUCUUUUGAAGACUUACUUUGUUGCUUGGCUUAAAGGAAGAUGAUGUUGUUAAUGAACUCUGGGCAUCCCUCAAGGGACUGGUGACCCUUCUGUCAUUGGUGAAUGCUGUCAUGGACAACUUCAAAGGCUCUUUUCCACAACACCACGAGCAGUUAAUGCACCUUGUAAAGGACUCCGGACCUUUUGCAUCUUCCUAAAGUCAUACCUAGAUGCCACCAGUGUUUCCCAUGUUAACAGUCCUGAGCAUGUUUUACUACAUGUGCCUUCGGCGCCGAGCUAGGACAACGACGAGAGGAGAAAUGAACAGCCGGAGGGCUAUUGAAUCAAACACCAGAGCCUUACCUAUCAACGUUGAAAUAGUUCAAUAUGCCAAAGAAGUGUUGGAUUUCAGCUCUCACUAUGGCAGUGAAAACAGCAUGUCCUAUACCAUGUGGAAUUUAGCAGGUAUUCCAAACGUGUACCCGAGUUCCGGGGACUUCACUCAGACUGCUGUCUUUCGAACUUACGGGACCUGGUGGGAUCGUUGCCCUAGCGCUCGGCUGCCGUUCAAGAGGACACCAUCCAACUUCUGUAGCCAAGACUAUGUGGAACUUGCUUUUGAGGAACCAGUUUAUCCCACUGCAGUGCACAUUCUGGAAACGUAUCAUCCCGGAGCUGUAGUCAGGAUUUUGGCAUGCUCUGCAAAUCCUUACUCACAAAAUCCACCAGCUGAAGUAAGAUGGGAAAUCCUUUGGUCUGAAGCACCUACAAAGGUGAAUGGUCCUCAGGCUCGACAGUUCACACCCUGCAUCAAACAGAUAAACUUUCCCACAAACUUAAUCCGACUGGAAGUGAACAGCUCUCUUCUAGACUACUACACUGAAUUGGAUGCAGUAGUACUACACGGUGUGAAGGAAAGACCGGUGCUUUCACUUAAGACUUCAAUGAUUGAUAUGAACGAUAUUGAUGAAGAUGAGGAUGAGGAAAAGUAUGGCUGUGGAAUGGACACCCUUAAUAAACAGUUCAGCAUUGUUACCCUCAGGGAAUGGCCGACUAAUGGAUAUUUUGAUAAACUGCCUUAUGAGCUCAUCCAGUUGAUUUUGAGUCACCUUACAGUACCUGACCUGUGUAGACUAGCGCAAACUUGUAAGCUACUGUAUCAACAUUGCUGUGAUCCUCUACAGUACAUUCAUCUCAGUUUACAACCUUACUGGGCAAGGAUUAAUGACACAUCUCUGGAAUGCCUACAGUCUCGCUGCACUCUCAUCCAGUGGCUGAAUUUAUCUUGGACUGGAAACAGGGGAGCCAUCUCUGUUUCUGGAUUUAGCAGGUUCUUGAAAGUUUGUGGCUCAGAACUAGUACGUCUUGAAUUAUCUUGUGGACAUUUCCUCAAUGAAACUUGCUUGGAGGUCAUUACUGAAAUGUGUCCAAAUCUUCAGGAAUUAAACCUCUCAUCAUGUGAUAAAAUACCACCUCAGGCUUUCAACCACAUAGCCAAAGUGGGCAGCUUAAGGCGUCUCAUUCUCUACCGAACAAAAGUGGAGCAAACGGCCCUGCUCAGCAUUCUGAACUUCUGCUCGGAGCUGCAGCACCUCAGCCUGGGCAGCUGCGUCAUGAUCGAAGACUAUGACCUCAUAGCAAGCAUGAUGGGAGCAAAAUGCAAAAAGCUUCGCAGUCUGGAUUUGUGGAGAUGUAAAAACAUCACUGAAAGCGGAAUAGCAGAAUUGGCUACAGGCUGCCAGCUUUUGGAAGAACUUGAUCUUGGCUGGUGCCCUACGUUACAGAGCAGUACAGGCUGUUUCACAAACCUUGCACGUAAACUCCCCAACUUGCAAAAGCUCUUCCUGACAGCCAACAGGUCUGUGUGUGACACGGACAUCGAGGAGCUGGCUGCUAACUGCACGCACUUACGGCAGCUGGAUAUCUUGGGGACGAGGAUGGUAAGCCCUGCAUCUUUAAGAAAAUUGCUGGAGUCUUGUAAAGAUCUUUCUUUACUCGAUGUGUCCUUCUGUUCACAGAUUGAUAAUAGAGUUGUCCUAGAGCUGAAUGCCAACUUUCCUAAUGUGUUCAUAAAAAAGAGUUUCACCCAGUGACUCACCACAUAUGCUGCUGUGGGAUACGUUUGACAAGAGUCGUUUCCUGUGAAUUUAUGCUGACUUUUUAAAAGGAGGAUAUAAAUCCCCUGUGAAACAGUGACAAGUAUUGUCUACAAAACAAAGAGUAAAAUACACUUAAACACAAGAUGCAUUUCUUAAAGAGGUAAUAUUGCACCUAAGGAUUGUUUUACUCUGUGUUAAUUGGUGGCACUGCAUGUUUUUAAACACCAGCCACGGGUGUGGCUUUAAUGAGAAGCAAAGUCAUAAUGUCUUCUUCAGUGUCCCUUUAUAGGGUGUUACAGACAAUAAACUAUGUUAAUAUCCGGGGGGAAGCAGAAGUUCAGUGUUUAGCAGUAAGGAGAAGAUAAGUGCUUCCUUUUUCUGUAGAUGUGUUUGUGUGUGUAUAUAGAUGUAUUUGUAUAUACACACACAGAUACUGUAGCAUUCUAGUUGGGUCUACAGCUUAAGAUACCAGGAUCUGGCCUGUAAUUAGUUGUCUGAACGUCUGUUUAAGCUUCUGCAAGAAUGGAUUGAAGAGACACUUUGUCGUCUUCGUGAGGUUUUUUUUGGCAACAAAUUGUUUCUGAUACAUUUUUCUCCCUUCCUCUCCCUAAAAUAGAUGUAAUGGUGUCUCACAGUCCAGCCUAAGUGACACAGUAGAUAAAGGCAGGAACCUUCCACCCAAAAUGAAAAGAGAAAAUUGCCAGGUGCUUCUUGGUAUUGGAUAUAAAGUUUGAGCCAGGUACUUAGUGUUGUAACUGGUAAUGUGUAGAAAAGCCCAGAGCAAUUUUCUGUUCAAAUUCCUAUCCUGGUCAAGCCCUAACUUGUCAUUUAUCUGACCAUCCUGCAGCAUACUGUAAAAGAAUAGAACUUAGGCUAAUGCAUUGGCAACUGUCCCUUACACUGGCAUCAAAUCUGCUGUCAAGUGUGAAAGCAAACAUCUUUGUUCAGUGAAACAGCAAGGACAGUAUAACAGAGUGGAAACAAGGGCAAUAUGGUUUGGUGGUUUAAGAAUCAUCAGAUCUUAGUGUUGCAUUUGCUUUGGUUUGGGGUGUUUUUUUUGGUUUGCCAGUAGGCCAUUGCUCAAAGUACUAUUGCACUCUCUCUCUUUCACGCUGUUUAGCCUCUGGAGAAGGAAAACUGUGUCACUGGACAAAUUCUAGAGGUUUCUCCUCCUUGGAUGAAGUUUUUGUCUCUUUUUCCUUGAAUACCACUAGAGUAUGUUGCAAUGUACAACCUGAGUUUAGAAUCUUACCUUUGUAGCCAUUGUCGAUUACCACGGACCAUGAAAUACAGCCUGUCCUUUGAUUUCGGUUCCACUGCCCUUGUGUUGAUGGCACUUACUACCUACUGGAAGAAGGAGAGAAACAUUUUGCCUGGCAGAAGCACAUUGUUGCACGGAAGAUCACUGGCAAAGAGCACUUCAGUUCCUGCAGUAAAUAACCCAGCGCUACUAGAGGGCUGCCACAGGUCAUUAAAGAUUGGAUGAUCUCUGCGACUCCUUCGAAUGAACGCUUUGAACUCUUUGUGCUGGUGCCAAUGCUUUACAAACCAUGUCAUGAAACAGCUACAGAACAUUUAUAUGAUUUUAUAGAAAGACCUUUUUUCCUCAUGUUUUUAGGUUUUACAGAGUCUUUUGGGAAUUCCAGAUCCGAAGAAGGGCAUGCACAGUUGGCUUUUUGAUUUGAUUUCCUCCAUGCAGAUAGCACUAUGGGAUUUCCAACUAGAUCGUGCCAUUCCUUUUUCUUCCUCCUUUUUUGCUUUUAACCAGAAAACUGAACAUUGUCAGAGACCUUUAGAUUGAUUUACUUGGGUUUUUUUCCACACUGACAGGUGUCAGCUUUGCUAUGGUUAUUUCUGAGACCUCAUUUUUUCCAGUCAGGUUUGGGUUGAUUUAUUUUUCUGGGAAAUCACCUUUUAACUACUUUUUUUUAAUCUACAAGUACUAUUUUUUUCUUUGUAACUGAGUGUUAAAGAUUAUUGUUCAAGUCCUAGGAGAACACAGGUUCAGGUAAUGGGAGUUUACAAAGAACAGUAUCUCAAAACAAAACGUUUCUGUUGUGAAAUUUUCCUUCUCAGGGUGCAUCUGUGUUUAUCUCCUCUUUUGUUUUCUUAGAGAUCCUUCUUGUUUUUCACUGUAAAUAGAAUGAGAUGUGAAUGAAGUGGUUGCCAUUGUGCCUUCAAACCGAUAAACUUGGUACAUAAUACAGUUUUACUCCUACAGUGGAUCAAAUAAGUGUAUUUGUAGUGAUGUAUGUAUAAAGGAUUUCAUUCUCUGUUGCUUUUUAGAUAGUGUAAAGGAGGUUUAAAUUGACAUUUUCUUCAUACUAAAGGAUAUUUCUUUUCUUGUGCCUUCUGUUUCAAGUUGGUUUUGUCAGGAAUCCUGUUGUCAAUGGAAAGGUAAAUCAAAGUCUACCUUUUAUUUGGGCUUAUUUAAAACUUAGCUAUUACCAAUCACAUGACCAGGAAAGACUUCCAUCUGUAGUUGUAGACUUUAACCUUCAGUCAGCAGGUAAGAAGCUCUUUUAGCUGUGGCUUUAUACAUCCAAGAAGUCUUCCAGCAAAGAGAGGGUGUAGACCAGACUUGACAUUUCUUCUAUUUCCAGGGUAAAGAAAACAACAUGCUUUUAGACCUUCCUUAUACAUCACAAGCAAGAAUAGGUCACUGUCUUUUUAGUUCCGCUCUUUUAUACUUCUGUGUGUAUAUUUAUACAUAUGUAUGUAUAAAUUAUAUAUCUGCACACCUGUGUUUGUGUAUAUAUAUGUACAACAGUGUGGUGGCUGUGUACAUACUUGUACAUAUAUCUAAAUCGUAAAGCCUUUCAUGUCAAAAUCACUUCUGUGAACUGAAUGUAAGAGCAAGAGAUGUUUCACAGCAGUUCUGUUUUCAGCUAUUGUUUUACUGUAGCUGGAGGCUGAGUUCUUCCUCUCCUCCUGUGCAGCAGGAAAAGCCUGGGCGGGAGGUGUGCUGGAUUUCCUGUGUUGCUGUGCCAAAGUGCCUUUUGAUUUGUCUACAUGUGAGGGCUAUUACAAGGGAGGGGAGAGUGGGGAUGCAAAGUCCCAUAGCUACUGUGGACUUCUGCCUUGUGAAGUAGUUGGACAGAGGGAAACUUGUUCUAGUUUCAUAUAAUCCAAAAUGCAUGAUGGCAGUUCCUCACUGGAAGGAGUUUAAGUGUUCUGGAAUUGGGUGGUCACCUCCAACACUAGACCUUCCCUCAGUCAUCUUACCUAAAUUCUGCUUUUAAGGAUAUUCCAUGCUUUUUUAAUCUUCUCCUUUGAUCUUGUCAGUCUUUCUGAAGUAUUGUAAAAGAUGUGCUUUGGCAACAGAUGUUGUUAAUGUGCUCCAAGAAGAGAGGCUUGCUUGGAAGUGCUUCUUAAACUAAAGGAGGGCUUCAGUACCAUCUGGAUGAAGUCAAUGUGGGGUGUGAUUUUCAAAACAAUAGGAUAGUUUUUACAAUUUAAAGCAUCUUCCUAACUCUUGGAAGCUUCCAUUCAGCACUUGUAUUCAUCAUUCUGAGCUGUCAGGCUAGAUAGCUCUAUGAAAAUGAAUGGGGUUUCUGUUGUUUAGAUUGUGGCCAUGAGUAAGUACAUUAGUGAGCAGCAAGAACAGUUUUGUGUAGGAGUUUGAACCUUACAAUCUCCAUGUACUUGGAGAUCUAAAUUUCAGGCAAAAUAACCCUCAAACUCUUGUAUUUACUGCCUGAUCUUUUUUUCCUUGGAGCUCUCAUGCCAGCUUUUCCAAAUGCUCAGUGUCCUGUAUUCAUGGUACACAGUGAGUAGAAUUCAUCUGACUGAAUGUUAGCUGUCUGAAAGUUAGACAUCUAGUUUAAGGGAGAAAUCUGGCCACCUCUAGAGAGCUAUUAAUCUCCUCCUAAGAUAGAUAUUUAAGGAAAGUAGAAUGAAUCAUGUUCUGGAGAGCUUCUCUGGAGACUGUGGAAGCUGUGAUUUAUCUCAGGUGAGAUGCUUGGCUUUAGAAUACUGAACUGAGAUGAAUUGCAUUCAGGGCAGUACUGUCUCAGAGUAGCAAAAAAAACCCAAGACCAGAACAUCCAUCCCCAGACCUCAAACCCCUCUAAAAUCCAUCCAGAGAGAAGUAAAUUAAAGAGAUGCUGACAGCUUGAAAAGUCAGUGUUCCUUCUGUCCUCAAGUCCCUUGCCAGUGGUGGUGGGAUGUCUUUAUGUUCUGUGGAAAUGCAUCCCCUUCCUCUGUCCUAAAGUCUGACGUACCCGACUGGCUGUAACUGCCUGAAGUUAACGGGGAAACGUAAUUAAUGCAUUACAGCUCUUUUGAUAAUCUUUCAUAUUGCUAUAAUUAAGACUAUGACUAGUUUAACUGCUCUCCUGUCAAGCAGAAAUGUUACCCACUGUGCAUUUGCCAAGAAUUGUGUGUUUAGUCCUUGGUUCUUACUGCGUGUGCUUAUUGCAUCGUGUGGAAUGUGUUUCCCACGUCAGGACUACCCCAGUUACAGAAACGAGACGAAAUGUAGCAUUUUCUUACAUGGAGGUCAGGGGAGGUGACUUUACAUAUUGAUUUACAUGUUCAUUGUUACUCUUUUGCAGUGAUUCUGGAAGUUGUAGCUUUUGAAAUGCUGAGGCUGGAAGUUCCUUGUUGAGUGCUUCCGUACUGCGUUAGACACAAUCAACACUUACUUCCCCCGACUCAAAGCAUUUGUCCUUCACUGAGACGAUCAUUUCCAUCAUUUUAGGAAUCCAAAUUGACAAAGAAAUCCAAGAAUGAGCUCUUUUGAGUAUCACCAGACAUGGGCUUCCAAAUUGACAAAGAAAUCCAAGAAUGAGCUCUUAAGUAUGACCAGGCAUGGGAGAGAUGGUGAGAACAGACAUGAGGAAGGGCUAAGGUGUGAGUCUCAUGCAUUAUCUUCAAAGAAGAGGUGGCCCUUUUUAAGAAGGUUUAGCCACAGUAAUAGCAGACAAUGGUGGGCCUUUCCUUAUAAGCUGAUGGACUAAGUAACUGUAAUUUUAACUCAAGUACUUCUAGUUUCUCCCUGUCUUGUUUUCAAUAGGACAAUCAUCCUAAAUUGAAGGGGAUCCUUUGUGAGGAACUAAGGUGGGAUUUUUUUCUGGCAUAAUUUAUUCCUUUUCUAAAAACAAAUAAAGGAAGGCCCUCAACUAUUUGAAUGAAAGCUCUCUCUUUCCUUGGGUGCUGAAGAAAUGCAAACCUCAAGAAAAAAGAAACAAAGGAGAACUUAUCCAGGUUUAUCUGGAAACUCAGAUAAUAAAUAGCCAGAAGUGUUUUAAAUGUGAGGAAAGGAAGUGCAUUCUUCUAGAUCAGCUCUUAAUCUUUGCCAGAAACUUAGUUUCCCUUAUAAUUUCACGUGCUCAUCCUUCUGACUCAACAUGUAGCAUUUAAAUGCUCUUAAUAUUGACCUUUCAUAUAUGUGCUUGUGCUGCAGUUCCUGGUAUGUGUAAAGCUGAAUCUUUUUUCAAUUAGUCCUUUUUUUGUGGACAAAUAAAAUGCAGUUUUGGGGUAAAAAUGGUAAAGAGGAGGAUCAGGACAAGAGAAGGCUCAGGGGCAGCCUUACCAAUGCAUAGGAAUACCUGAUGGAGGUGGGGAAGAAAGAAGAAGGAGUCAGAUUAUCCUCAGCGAUGCCCACAGACAGGGCAAGAAGCGGUGGGCACAAACUGAAACACAGGAGACACUCUCUGAAGACAAGAUGAUGCAUUUUGUGGUAAGGGUGACCAAGCCCUGACACGGGUUUCCUGCAGGGGCUGUGGAGUCACCAUCCUUUCAUAGAACCAUAGAAUUGUUGUGAAAAAGACCUUUUAAGAUCGAGUCCAACCCCUCACCUCACAGAGCCAGGCCCAUCACUGAACUAAACCAUGUCCCUCAGCACCUCAUCUGUGUGUCUGUUGAAUAUCUCCAGGGAUGGUGACUCCACCAGCUCCCUGGGCAGCCCCUUCCAAUGCUUCAUAAUCCUCUGGGUGAAAAAGUUCUUCCUCAAGUCCAAUCUAAACCUCCCCUGGUGCAACUUGAGCCCAUUUCCUCAUGUCCUGUCAUUCGUUACUGGACAGAUCAACCCCUUCCUCUCUACCUCACUACAACUCUUUCAGGGCAGUGCCACAGAUUUCUGUGUAUACACUGUUCUCAAACUAACAGAGGCAAACGUAAAACAGAUUUGGAAACUAAUAGUGUAUGCUUGGAGUUAUUUUAGAGUAGUUACUGAAAGUGACUUAAAAGUACCCAGGAAUUGGUGUGUUCUCAGGGGGACCUUGCACUUUCUGAUUUAACUUCCACAUCCAGACAAGGAAUGAGGAGGAAUGGCAUCUCCAGGCCUUCAGGUUAAAAUACCUGAACCCAGCACCUGGAUGCAUUUGAAGAAAAAUGAAUCCUACUAGAUGUCUCCCUGUAGCCCCCCCCUUUAAUAACCAGCAACAAAAUACUUGCACUGCAUUUAUGAUUAAACAGGACCCUCCGUUUAUCUGACGUAGCAAUGGGAGUUUGGGUCGUGUUACAACAAACUCCUGCUGUGUUACCUUUUAAAGGGACUCAUUCCUGUUCAAGGUGGAAGGGCAGCAAUAGAGGGGAGAGUUCCAGACACUGUGUGUAAAUAGCUCUGCUGGGCAUUCUCUGCCAGUAAGCACCACCAGCAAGUUUAUGUCUUGUUCUAAACAAGUUGAGAAAGACAAAAGGGAUAAUUGCCUCUAAGCAGAUUUUUGAUAGCUGGAGGGUGUUUGUGUCAUCUGAUAUUAAAUAUCCAGGGUAGAUAUUGAAGUGUGGAAAGUAAUCCCCUACUCUGGGUGGAUAGGUUUCUUCCACAGGGUUAUUUGGAUCAAGAGGUCAAUCUUAAACUGAGGUCUUGACCUCUCGAGAAACUGAGGUCCACACAGACCCCAGAAAACUGCUCUUAUGAACUGGCCUCCUGACCAAGGCCUCCUGUCCUAGCACAUGUGGGUUCAGAGGAGGUUGUUUGCCCUGUGGUGCUCUCUCUUAGCCCCCCAGUUUCCCUUGCUUCCACCAAAGGCCACUGCUUGCUUUGCUCUGUUGGUUGAACUGUAUCUGGUCGCUCCCUGCAACGUGUCUUGGCUAAAAGUGUUCAAAGUCAUGAAGCUUUUUUACCCUCCCAAGUCAGGUAUUAAAGCCAGCUGAAGCAAGAGGGCAUUUAACUUCAGUGAGAAGAACAGCAAGCAGCAGGUGAGAGCAUUUUGGUUGUGCAAAUGUUUUCAUUCAGGUUAGCAUAAACAGGGGUGCCCACUCUUGGCUGUGGCCCAAGGCUCCUUAACGUUCAGAUAGUUCACCUCAGUAGCGUGUCGUAAAGACGCCCAAAAUGAGGUGCUUUAUUUUCACCUCAUCAUUGUGAUUCAAGCCCUAAAGUAGAAGAUGCUGUUGUGAACACAUGAGAACGUGCAGAUCCUGCCUGGCUUCUGUACAGUUCUCAGAGAAGCAGCCAUUGGAAGGUGCAGGUGAGAGAGGCUCAUCGGAGCAUAUUUAAGUCACGGUGAGGGCAGCGGUUCCCGGAGAUGUGUUUCUGGACUGUUCCCUGAUGUUAAGCUCCACAGGCCCACAAAGCUGCCAUCCACCACUUUGCACCCCUGCAGGCCUAAAUACAGUCAGUAUUCCACGAGCUGCAUCUGGAUGUGCAGUCAUAGACCCCAAGUGUGCUCUCUGCUGUCGUUGGGUGAUGUGCACAUUCAGCGUUAACCCCAGCUCUCUUUCUUUGCUCCUCUUGAUACACUAGCAGCGUUCACCUUGGCAUCUUCUGUAUGCUUGUUUUGAAUGUUUCCCUCUGAGGCUUGUGCAUUUGUUUUUAUACUUAGGCAAGUUCUUGAUUCCAAUUCAAAAUCACAUGUGUUUUCCCCUCUCAGUACCCUGCUUGACCAACAUGAAAGGGCAGGUAGGUUAUUAGUGGUGUGUUACUUCUGUUCAGGUCUCCCUCCUGAAUCUUCUCUCCCUGGGUAAACCCAAAGGGCUGUGUGUGUAUGCAAGCAAAGCUCAUUCACAGAUACCUGACAGCUCUUUGUUUUAAUACCCUUGGCUCCUAGCACAAUAUGCUUUUGUGGUAUAAGGUACAAGGUUUGCUUGAAGACUCACAAAGCAGAAACGUUAGCCCCAUUGUUUAUAAAUGAGUGACUUUAUUACAGAGAAAUCCUGUAACACCUUCUGUUGCUAACUGAAAAGACAGUUCCUUUUUAUCUUAAAAAGUUAAUUAUGUAUUUAUACACCACUUAUUUCCUUUUAUUAAAUUAAGCCCUGCUUUAUUCUGACAUAUUGGAUCACUUAAAAUGUCAUAACACUGCAUUGUACCGUGUUAUUCUGUUACUGCCAAUACAAAGAAAUGAAUGCCCUCCCUGAGUUGUCAGGAUCUGCUGACUCAGAGAUGACAGAAAGGUGUUAAAAUAUAUCCCACCUAUAAUAUUUCUCUUGCUUUGCACUUAAUUUGUUUCCCUUUGUCUGCGUUGCAAAAAUCCAAGUGUACAUAAAACGAUGACUAAAUAUAACAAUAAAUGCUUUAUCUACAUCCA